UACUAUAUUCUGCAUUGACAAAGUUAUAAGAUGAGUACGCUAAUUGCUAAACAUCAGCUGCCUGUUAUUAGACGGUCUGCUAAUUACCAACCUUGCAUUUGGACCAACGAUUUUGUGCAGUCCUUAACCACUGAUUACACGGGAGAACGUUUCAAUGGACGAGUGAAUGAGUUGAAAGAAAAUGUGAUAGAGAUGUUGAAUGAUGUUGCUAAGCCUAAUUUAGAUCAACUCGAGCUGAUUGAUAAUUUGCAAAGACUUGGAUUGGGUUAUCAUUUUGAACACGAAAUAAAGAGUAUCUUGAUGAAGAUAUAUGAGGAUGAUCAGAGUUCUGAGACGUUGGAAAGGAAUGAUUUGCAUGCUGCUGCUCUAAAAUUUAGACUUCUCAGACAACAUGGAUAUGAUAUCUCACAAGAUGUUUUCAAGUACUUUAUGGAGAAUGGAAGCUUCAAAGGCUGUCUUUGCAAUUGUUUCAAAGGAGUCUUGAGUUUGUACGAAGCGUACUACUUCUCCUCUGAAGGAGAGUCUAUAAUGGAGGAUGCAUGGAGCUUUACGUCUAAAAUCCUUAAAGAAAAUUUAGAUGAUAUAAUUGAUCCAAAUCUUGGGAUUAAUGUCAGACAUGCCUUGGAACUUCCAUUGAAUUGGAGGAUGCCAAGAUUAGAGGCCAGGUGGUAUAUAGAUUUCUACGGAAGAAUCAAUAACAUGAAUCCUGCAUUACUAGAGCUUGCUAAGUUGGACUACAACACUGUCCAAGGAUUAUACCAAGAGGAACUCAAAAUUGCAUCAAGGUGGUGGAAGGAACUACGUCUGUCCACGAAAGUGAGCUUCGCUAGAGAUAAGCUGGUGGAAUCCUUCAUAUGGAUGGUGGGAAUUAUUCCUGAACCACAAUUUGCGUAUUGCAGAAUUGAAGUAGCUAAAGCAAUACAAAUGACUUCAGUUAUAGAUGACAUAUAUGAUAUAUAUGGCACUUUGCAUGAGCUCGAACUCUUCACUGAUGCCAUUGAAAGGUGGGAUAUACAUUCUAUUCAACUUCUGCCCGACUACAUGAGGAUUUUUUUCCUGGCGCUUUACAACUUUGUGAAUGGGAUAGUUUAUCACAUUUUCAGAGAACAGAAUAUUGAUGUUCUGCCACACCUGAAAAAAGUGUAUACUGAUCUGGUGAAAUGUUACUUGGUGGAGGCGCGGUGGUAUCAUAGUGGAUAUACACCAACAUUGGAAGAGUACCUGGACAACGGCAAAUUGUCAAUAGCACAACCUAGUGUUGUAAUUCAAUCUUACAUUUGCUCCGCAAAUCCAAUAGAAAAGGAAAAAUUAGAGUGUCUACUGGCUAUGCCUUAUAUAUUGCAGUUAACAGGAACACUUUGUCGCAUAGUUGAUGAUUAUGGAACUUCCUCUGAUGAGAUAGCGAGAGGAGACGUUCCGAAAUCAAUCCAGUGUCAUAUGUUCCACAAUGGAACUAGUGAAGAAGCUGCACGAGCUGAAAUGAGGGAUUUAAUGAGGAAGAAAUGGAGAGAGAUAAAUGCUUGUCGAGCUCGGGACAUGCCAGUGUCACGCUCUUCUGUUGAGAUUAUGCUAAAUGCUAGCAGGUCAGCUCAUUAUAUUUACUAUGACAGUGAUGGAUAUGCUGGCAAAGAUGGUAAAGGCAUUGAUAUGAUUCUUUCACUCAUCGUUCAGCCUGUUCCUUUGUGAGGCAAAGUGAUAGUUUGUUUGGCUCAUAAAUUAAUAUUUUACUAUCUUUGAAAAUAAAAGAUAAGCCAAACAAUUAAUAUUUUAUUGUCUGUCAAAAUAAGCUUAAGAUAAGCCGUGAGAAACUAGUUUGAGCCUUGAGGUUACUUCGGUUCGGCAGUAGCCAUGCACCUGCAUGGUGAUGAGCUGAUGUUCAUAUGUAAUUUUCUUCUUUAUGGUUAAGUGUGUGCUUUGUUUUAAUAUUUUUUAUCAUCUGAAUAAGAGUGAUCUUGUUUUGCUUUUUUA